CUCUCAUCUUCCUGCCAUCAUUAACCUCGUCUGCAGCCCGUGAACUAGCUUGAAAAGCUUGGAAUUGCAAGAUUUACACUAAAUAUACCCAAGAGACAUAUUGAGAUACCAAUUUGCGACAAUGACUGAGCCAGAAGAUGUCGAAGAAGAUCUUUUCGCUGAUUUGUAUGAUGCUGAUGAGCCUGUUCAAGCAGCAGCUCCCUCAGCUCCGGCUGCAUUGUCAGCACCACCUCCAGCAAGCCAAGCACAGCCACAGACUGCCCCAGUCCUACCACCACAAGCUUCAAGUACAGAACAAUUGGAUGCAGGCUCUGUGAACAUGGCCGCUUAUGAGCAGCCAUCCAAUUACAGUGAACAAAAUGGCAUGCCACAACAAGGUGCGAUGCAGGGUGAUGCUUCAAGCUCAAUAAGCCCACAGCAACCAGAACCCCAAGGCACUGGGAUCAAAGAAGAUGGCAAAAUGUUUAUCGGAGGCCUCAAUUGGGAAACCACUGAUCAAUCUCUUAAGGACUACUUUUCGCAGUUUGGUGAAGUUCAAGAAUGUACAGUAAUGCGUGACGGCGCUACUGGUCGAUCAAGAGGCUUUGGCUUUCUCACAUUUAAAGACCCCAAGACUGUGAAUACGGUAAUGGUUAAAGAACACUAUUUAGAUGGCAAGAUAAUUGAUCCCAAGCGAGCCAUUCCCCGAGAUGAACAGGAAAGAACCAGCAAAAUAUUUGUCGGUGGAGUUAGCCAAGACGCAAACGAACAAGACUUCAAGAAGUUUUUUAUGCAGUUUGGGCGAGUUGUGGAUGCGACUCUUAUGAUCGAUAAGGAUACGGGCCGUCCUCGAGGUUUUGGUUUCGUGACCUUUGAUAGCGAAGCCGCUGUCGAAGCGUGCCUCUCCCAACCAUUAGAAAUUCUCGGCAAGCCGAUUGAAGUGAAGAAGGCGCAGCCUCGGGGGAACCUGAGAGAUGAGGAUGACCGCAGGUUGCGUGCUCGAGGCUUUCAAGGCGAUCGGUUCAAAGACGAAAAGUCGGGGUCGACGGACGUUUCACAGCAGGGUGCGCAAGGCCAGACUAAUCUUGCCAAUACCAUGACACCUCAAAUGAUGGCUCAGUAUUGGCAACGUAUGCAGCAGUAUUUUGCUAUGAUGCAACAGCAAAUGGCGCUUGCGGCAGCACAGGGCCAGGGGAUGGCUGGGGCUGCUGCAAUGGGUGGAAUGAAUCCUGCCAUGGCGCAGCAAAUGCAACAGUUGAAGCAAAUGCAGCAAAUGAAUCCCAUGGCCGGGGGCCAACCACAAGGAGCAGCCAUGAACCAGCCAGCUCAAGGCGCAGUUCCACAAGGAAUGCAGGGGAUGAUGAACCCAAUGAUGAUGCAACAGAUGCAACAAAUGCAACAAAUGCAACAAUUACAGCAAAUGCAACAGAUGCAAAAUCAACCUCAAGGUGGACCUGGGUACGGUGGGCCUGGAAUGGGAGGUCAGAUGUCUGGCGCUAAACCUGGAAAUAUGAAUCAGGGCAUGACCAGUGGUCCUGGCGCAAUGGGAGGAGGGAACUUCAGUGGGCCAAGAGGAGGUCCAGGAUACAACGCCCAGGAGCAGCUCGCGUUCGAACAGCAGAAGUACGAGCAGCAGCAACAAGUGCGUCGUGUUAUAGACCCACGCAAUUACGGUGGAUAUCAGCAAGGAACUACCGGCAAUUGGGACAAUGGGUACGAGGAGCAGCCGAACAUCCCAACUGGACCCCAGGCGGGAAUGGGACGCGGGCAACCAGCUGGCCGUGGUGGAAUGUCCCCAAGCCCAGGACUUGCACCUAAGCAGCCACAAAAGAUUCCGACACCACAACCCCAAAGCUCCCCCCCAGCAAAUGCUCCAACAGGUCCACGAAAUGCGGGGAAACCUGGGGCAAAUUAUCGCGGUGGAGGACGAGGUGUUCAUCGGGGCUUCCAUCCUUAUGCACGAGGCUAGUUCAAAUGCGCCGUUCGGCUCGUUUUAGUCGACAUCAUGAUUGAGCGACCUCUCGGGUAUGGUAUCGCAGGACUGUGUUAUUCUAUUGCUUCGAUAAUUCUUUUUGUUUCCCUCCCCCUCUUCUUAUUGUGCUUUGCUUAACUAUGUGUUUCACCAAUAAUUUAAACAAACCGUGUAUGACUUUUCUUUUCAACUGUUGCUAGUGGGAGGUUAAGAUGUGCUGGUGUUGUUUCGUGCCCUAUUUAUUCCUUGUUGAACCCAGCGAUGCCUACAGGAGCUCGGGUGGAAAAGACCAGAUUGCAUAUUUUCUCGUAUUCAUCAUGAUGGUUUCACUCUGUUUAUGGCCUUGUCACGUUUGUCUGACCCUUUUCCUAUCAAGGUGUAAUCAUUAUAAAAAUGGUAGUCUGCACAAAGCACUUUCCAACGGAAGAUUAUAUUUCCCAGUGAUGA